AUGUCGCUUUCAGCUCUUCCCGCGCCCUCCUUUGACCGCCCUUUCGGGAUCUACCUGUUCGAUCUCUUCGAUCAUUUGGUCUCAAAGCUCACUGGCGGUCGCUUUGUUCCUAGCGAGUUUAACUUUGUCGCUGGAGAAACUUUUUUCUCUACACCGGUCCCAGUCCUGGGUGCCAUCGUUCUCUACUACGUUAUCAUCUUUGGCGGACAGCAUAUAUUGAAAGCGAACAACGUGAGACCGUUGGUUCUCAACGGACUGUUUCAACUCCAUAAUCUACUUCUCACUAUUUUGUCCCUUACGCUCGUGACUCUUAUGGCCGAGCAACUGAUUCCAAUGAUUCACAAACACGGGCUCUACUACGCCAUCUGCGAUCCCGGUGCAUGGACUCAGCAGAUGGUGGUUUUGUACUACCUCAACUACCUCACCAAGUUCACAGAAUUUGUUGACACUCUUUUCCUGGUGGUGAAACAGAAAAAAUUAACAUUUCUACACACCUACCACCAUGGUGCCACCGCCCUUCUGUGCUACACACAGCUGAUCGGCCUGACCUCGAUCUCAUGGGUCCCAAUCACACUUAACCUGUUCGUCCACGUCGUCAUGUACUGGUACUACUUCCUCGCUGCGCGUAGCAUCCGCGUCUGGUGGAAGGAAUGGGUUACGCGCUUCCAGAUCAUCCAGUUUAUUCUGGACCUCUCCUUCAUCUACUUUGCCACCUACCAGAAAGUCGUCCAUAAUUUUGUUCCGUCGCUGCCUCAUUGCGGUGACUGUGCCGGCACGCCUCUAGCCACCAUCAGUGGUUGUAUUAUCAUCUCGUCCUACCUUGUUCUGUUCAUCGCAUUCUAUAUUGAGGUGUACAAAAAGAGCUCGAAGAAAGCCAAAGUUGUCCGCAGGGUUAGAGGUGGUGUUGCAGCCAAAGUUAACGAGUACGUUUAUCUUGACAAGCAAACUUUGCAGUCCAACUACGACUCCAACACCGGAUCGCCUUUGGCCGUCCCAAGACAGCGCAACCUCAGAUCCACCAAGAAGAAGAUUUAG